AGGCGAGAGGCCCGGGAGGAGAGGAGGGAGGCAGCUCGUCAGAGAGGGACGGGGACGGUACCCAGCGCCCCGCGGGCCAUGCGCCUCCUGGCCACGGCGCUGGCCGCCCUGCUGGCCACGGCUCCAGCCCCAGAUGUUUGUGAGGCUUUAAAUGUGACAGUCUCUCCUGGACCAACAGUGCGAUACUUUGAAGGAGAUAAUGCUACCCUGUAUUGCCACAUUUCUCAAAAGAGAAAGACAGACAAUUUGCUGGCUGUGCGGUGGGUCUUUGCUGCAUCACCUACACAGGAGCAUCUGAUGAUCAAAAUGACAAAGUUUGGAUCUGUCCAGUAUUAUGGAAAUUAUACUCAUCAUUUCCAUAAGCAAAGACUUCAUCUUCUUAAAGAAAAAUAUGGAACUAUGUACAGAUUUCUUAUUUUAAGUCUCCAGCAAACAGAUCAAGGACGUUACAUAUGCAAAGUCCAGGAAAUCGGCAAACACAGGAAUAAGUGGACAGCAUGGUCAAAUGGCACAGCAGCUACUGAAAUAAGAGUGAUUUCAUCAAAAUCUUCUGAUCAUCCCACUUUCAAGAAAAAUCAUGAAGCUUGGAAAUUUUUUGAAGACCUAUAUGUGUAUGCAGUGUUUGUGUGUUCCAUAGGAAUCAUCAGCGUCCUCCUUUUUACACUUGUCAUUCUCUGUCAGUCACUUCUGAACAAGAGGAGAUCCACAGUGAAGCAUUACCUGGUGAAAUGCCCCCAGAACAGUUCCGGGGAAACAGUCACCAGUGUGACAAGCCUGUCUCCUCUACAGCCUAAGAAGGUAAAGAAAAAGAAAGAGAAAGAGAAACUGGAGCAGCCACCAGCCAUCCCAGCAAAAGCUCCAAUUGCCAAUAAUUUCCCUAAGCCCAAGCUCUUGAAACCUCAAAGAAAAUUGAUCCUGCCAAAAAUCGCAGAGGAGAAUUUAACAUAUGCUGAACUUGAACUUAUGAAGCCGAUUCAGGAAGCCAAAGGCAUUCCCAACACGACAGUCUACGCACAGAUACUCUUUGAGGAGAACAAGCUGUAAUAGUUCAUGCCUGUAUAAAUGUCCUAUGUCUAUGUUCUAUUUAAUUCUUGCUGUACUGUUUAUUUAUAAAAGUCAGAUGUCCUUAUUUUUUUAUUUCCAUUCAUGCACUUCUAUUUUUCUAUGAGACUUUUAAACACCAUGCAGUUGAAAGUAAUCAUAGAAAAAGCAGCUGGUCUACAAGUGAUAUCCCAGAGAUACCCUUUGUAGAGUUCUAUCCCCCUGUUGUCAAGGGACUGAAGUUCCACCUGGGGAAAUUCUAACACUAAACAUUAUUCCUUCUUUAACGUUAAUGGGAGGAGUCCAGCUGCAAACAUCAACAUCUUAACAAGCCUCAGGAGGACUAGUGGCAGGGUCCAUGCCCAUCAGCCUGCUUCUGAAGGCAAAGACCACUGGCUAGGAAAAUGGCCGCUAAAUGCAUUUUGUCCCAAAAGCUUAAAUUACUUUUUCAGCUUUCCUCCCCUCCCCUCCCUCCACCCAAAAAACCAGUUAAAAAGGUUUGUCUUCUAUGUUUUCAAAUUUCAUUCCUAAAUGACAUUGUCUUAAAAAAUUUAUGUUACUUAUAGUAAGGUGCUUGAAAUAAAAUACUCCAAAAUAAUCCAAAGGAAUCACUUAUACAUAAACCCCAGUGAUUUAAGGAGGAAUAUUUAUAGGUUGGGAACAUUUUCCAGGAUUUGAUCUUUAAUUCUGAUUGGGAAUAGGAAAAAUGUGAUAGUGAGUAAAAGACUGGCAGAAUCAGGACAUUGAUUUUGGCCUUGGUUUAGUUUGGUGCUCCCAAACCUGCAAAGGGUUUAUCCUGUGGCCUGCAUUACUGAGCUGCUAAUUUAGAGGAAAAAUCACACAGUUUUUCCUUUAGUAUGGAGCAGACUCUAUAACACCCUGCUGACUUACUUUGGACCUAUUUCUUUGGAAAGACCAAAGAGCUUUGGAAAGACCAGAGCUCAUGAGAGGACACAAAAUAACCUUUCUCUUUCUUUACCUCUUGAUAACUGAGAAGGCAUUCUUCAUUUUCCUUUGAUAUACAGUCAUGGAAUGAUGAGCAUCCUGGGCAUUUCAGUCACAAAGCAUAGCUGGACUGAUGUUUUCAAGCUCAUGUAUCUCCAACGUCCAAAUCUCACCAGAGCUCAGGGAAAGUUUGAUACCCAACACCUUUCAGCCCUUGGGAAACUUAGGUCCUUGAGUAACUGCAGAGUUCAUGGAGGGGUAAAAGUGUGGGCUCUUUGGCUCACCAUGAGGUCAUGAAGAUCUGAUACUUGGCAUGUGCCAGGUCUUCCCCAGGUCUGGAGUGGAGCCCUGUGACAGGCCACUCAUUCAGCAAUAUUUUGGAGUAACACUUUUAGGCCUUGGGUUUUGGAAUCCUAACUAGGGUGGUCCAAGCUGCUUCCUCCCUUACAAGUCAUGCAUUUUUAGUGAUAGAACAACUCCUCACUGGGGCUCAGAGCACUGCUGGUUCCCGUGUUCCUGUUACUGCAUUGGGAGGGCAGGAGAGGAGGGCAGGGCCAACAGUGCAAGGAUGAGGACAUGCAACCAAGGGAGAGAGCACAUCACUGCCUUUUGGAGGGUGUCACUAAAAUAAGUGAGUUUGUAUAAACUGCUUUUUAACUGUUUUGAACAGAGGUAGAAAUUAGGCAGCACACGUAAUCUGUUACUGUUUAGCCAGGAUCUGUAAAUAUAAAACUCAGUCACCUGACUCCACAUUAGAUAAAAAUCUCUUCUAUGAAAGAGAAUUUAAGAAAAGCUUUCAACCUGACCACUAUGUACAGUACUAAUUCCAGUUCUAGUCCUUCAUCAAAACAGUUCUUUCCAAACUAAGGCCAGCUUUUAUCAAUAGGUUUGUUAAUACUUACUUGCAUUUUUAAUGUUUGCAUUUGUGAGCUGUCAGGAAAGUGUUUGUUUCACCUUUUCGUUAUCCCAGAAGUUAAUCACCCACCAAAAGGGCAUGGUAUCUUUCCUUGUUCUCUGAUUGGCUGCUGGACUUUCAGUGACAACAGCAAUCAACUCACUGAACAAAACCAAACUGGUGCUAAAGAGUGAUCCAACAAUCAGGGAUCAGUUUUGGAACAGCCAGAGUUUGACUGACUAUUCAGAGAGGACAUCUCUUAUGCAGAUAGCUGUUCAAAAGGCCUUUAAAAGGUAUAGAAUUUAUUAGUUGUUCCUUUGGAAUUACAAAUAAAGUGCUAACACAUAAGUGAUUUAACCACUUAGUUGUGAAAACUUUCAAGUUUGGUUAUAAAUAUUCCUUUUACAUACAACUGGCCAUUGUGCCCAUUGUUCAGAAGAAUUCUCUACUGUAUAUUGAUGCCCAGCAUGUUAAUUAAUACCAUUCUUUAUGUAUUAAUAUCCUGUAUAUUCUUGUUUAUGUUUGAUAUCUAAUUGCCCAAAAUAAUAGUUAAUUGAGCUGAAUAAAUUACCUUUUUUUGUAAGAUA